UGGGACCAGAUGUGAUGCCUCUGGAAGACUUUCUAGUGAACGGCCUUCCCUUACUUGAUCAGAAAAUUGAAGAUAGGAUUAAACAAGCUUCUGCAAAUGGGAAUGUUCUGCGCUAUGUUUGCUUGAUUGAUGAUGCGAGGUACUGAUGAGUGAUGAGCAUCCAAUUUUCAAGUUUAGAAGUUGUUGGUUGUCCAGUUGUUUUUGAUGAUGCUCAACUGUUUAGAUCCCAACUUGAAGCAAUGAAGCAGAUUGAGGAAAUAUAUAUAUGGGAUUGUAAGUCUGUUACCUCCUUUCCUUUUAGCAUACUGCCAACUACCUUGAAGAGAAUAGCGAUAUCUGGUUGCCCAAAAUUGAAAUUGGAGGCGCCAGUUGGUGAGAUGUUUGUGGAGUAUUUGAGUGUGAAGGAUUGUGGUUGUGUAGAUGAUAUAUCACCUGAGUUUCUCCCAACAGCACGUGAAUUGAGUAUUAUGGAUUGCCAGAACGUUACUAGGUUUUUGGUUCCUACUGCCACUGAAACUCUCCAUAUUUCGAAUUGUGAGAACGUUGAAAAACUAUCGGUGGCAUGUGGAGGAGCGGCCCAGAUGACGUUACUGGAUAUUUAUGGCUGUAAGAAGCUCAAGUGUCUUCCAGAACUCCUUCCAUCUCUCAAGGAACUGCAUCUGUCUGAUUGUCCAGAAAUAGAAGGAGAAUUGCCCUUCAAUUUACAAAAACUCCGUAUCAUACAUUGCAAGAAACUGGUGAAUGGCCGAAAGGAGUGGCAUUUACAGAGACUCACAGAGUUAUGGAUCUCUCAUGAUGGGAGUGACGAAGAUAUUGAACAUUGGGAGUUUCCUUGUUCUAUUACAAGACUUGAGGUAUCCAAUCUGAAAACAUUAAGCAGCCAACAUCUCAAAAGCCUCACCUCUCUUCAAUAUCUAUGUAUUGAGGGUAAUUUAUCUCAGAUUCAGUCACAAGGCCAGAUUUCCUCCUUUUCUCACCUCACUUCGCUUCAAACUCUAAUAAUCUCGAAUUUAUGUAAUCUCCAAUCACUUUCAGAAUCAGCACUGCCCUCCUCCCUCUCUCACCUGGACAUCAAGGAUUGCCCUAAUCUCCAAUCCCUUCCAGUAAAAGGGAUGCCCUCUUCCCUCUCUGCACUAUGGAUUUCCAAAUGUCCAUUGCUCAGACCACUACUAGAAUUUGACAAGGGGGAAUACUGGCCACAAAUUGCUCAUAUCCCCACCAUAAACAUCGAUUGGCAAUAUAUUUAACAAUUAAAACAAAUGGCUCUCCAACUGAUGUAAGCUAUUCGUUACCCUCUCAGAAGCUUUUUAUUUCACUUUGCUUUUUUCUUAAUUCUUUUCAUUUUAAAUCAUGUCGUGCUCAUCAUCAAACACAUAGCUUUACAGGUAAGCUCCAUACAGAUUCUAACUUUUUUAAAGGAUAAUUCAAUCACAAGUUUUAGGAAAUAACUGCAACUUCCAUUGUCAGAUGUUAUAUGAUUCUAUGUUUCUCAUGGCUUAUUGGUUUAUGCUCUUACCGUGUUUUCAUUCACGUCUCAAUUGCCACCAUGUUUAAUCAAAAGUUUUUAGUUCUUGUAAUCAUCAACCAUCCUAUGUCACUAGAAAUUUUGAUAGGUAAAAGAGGUAGACAAAAAAGCUAAACAUCUUUUUUCUUUCGUAUAGCGACCAGACAACUACAUUUUGAUAGGUAAGGGCUAUAGAUAUACAUUUGCAGGGUGUUAAACCAAGGAGUAAGAAAAUCACUGUCUUCAGAUAUCUUCUCUUGCAUAUACUUUUGCAAUUUUAAGCUACAUUUUGAACUCAUGUGUUGUUGCUAACUUAAACAUGUUUUGUGCUUAAUCAGAUGUGGCUUUUGAAGAGCGAGUACGACAAAUCUGGUACAUUAAUUGUCCGUAGGAAGUGUUUCUAAGUGAAUUUUCAGGUCUGUUGUUAUAGGCAAGUCUUUGGGAUGAGACUAUCAAAGAAGGGCGAUUACAAUCAGUGUACCGUUGAUACUAUUUCAUGUUUCUAGUGCAAGCCUCUUUUGUAAGUUGACAAACUCGAUUAGUUAAUAUGUUUGGGACUCAACUAGUGGUUAGAGUACUCAUUUUGUAAGACUUGUGUACAGAAAAUCAAAUUAGAAUUAUAACUUCUGAUGGUUGAAUAAACUCCAAGAAGUACUGCCAUAUUUUAUAGUGGAUAUGUAGUUUGCUCAUUCGGUGCUUGAUAUC